AUGAAACCCCAAAUACUGGCUCCACCUGUUAGGAAUAGGCCAAUGAGGUGGUAUAUUUCAGCGUCAGAAUCAACUAUAGGUAGUAUGUUAGUCCAAGAAGAUGAAAAUAGUGUCAAAAGACCUGUGUAUUAUCUUAGUCGAAUUCUUAAUGAUCCUGAAACUAGGUAUAAUGAUAUAGAAAAACUAUGCCUAUGCUUAUAUUUCUCUUGUAUCAAAUUGAAGCAAUAUAUAAAACUAGUUGAUGUGUAUGUGUCUUCUCAUUUUGAUAUAAUCAAACACAUGUUAUCCAAACCAAUUUUGCACAGUCGAAUUGGUAAUUGGACUAUGUCCUUAACUGAAUAUUCGUUGACGUAUGUGCCAUUAAAAGCAAUGAAAGGACAAAUAUUGGCGGAUUUCCUGGUCGACCAUUCAAUGGUUGGAAUGGACCAAAAUUAUUUGGAAAUAGUGCCAUGGAAAUUAUAUUUUGAUGGUUCUAGCAUUAAAAAUGGAACUGGUAUAGGAGGAAUCAUAAUUUCUCAAGUUGGAAUCCCAACAGAGUUCAAGUAUAGGAUCGACGGAGUAUGUACGAACAAUGAGGCAAAAUAUGAGUCUCUGAUAACAGGACUUGAACUUCUGCUAGAAUUGGGGGCAAGGAAUGUCAAAAUUAUGGGAGAUUCUGAAUUAGUGAUUAAACAAGUCUUAAAGGAAUAUAGAUGUGUUAAAGAGAAUUUAAUCAUGUACUUCGUGAUCACCAUUAGAUUGCUCAAGAAAUUUGAACAAGUAAGCAUUCGACAUGUACCUCGAAAAGAGAAUCAGAGAGCUAAUGAUUUAGCACAAGAGGCUUCAAGGUACAAGGGUUUAAAAGACCAGAAUGAGGAAACAAUUCUGGUGAGAGAAAAGAUACGGGAAACUUUAUUGUGA